UACUCCGAUAUAUAACCCUAAUCCUAAACCCUAGUUCAAUUCUGCGAACAAGCUCCUCUCCGAACGGGCGCACAGGCUCCGUCGGCAACAGCAACGAUGGGUCGUGUUCGUACAAAGACGGUGAAGAAAUCCUCUCGGCAGGUUAUCGAGAAGUACUACUCUCGCAUGACGCUUGACUUCCAAACCAACAAGAAGAUUCUCGAGGAUGUGGCUAUCAUCCCCUCAAAGCGGCUGCGCAACAAGAUCGCCGGCUUCUCCACUCACCUCAUGAAACGGAUCCAGAAAGGUUCUGUCCGGGGAAUCUCGCUUAAGCUCCAGGAGGAGGAGCGCGAGCGCCGCAUGGACUUCGUUCCCGAUGAGUCCGCCAUUAAAACCGAAUACAUCGAGGUGGAUAAGGAAACAAUGGACAUGCUUGCGGCUCUCGGCAUGGCCGAUGUUCCUGGACUGGUUAAGGUGGAUCCAGUGUCCUUUCCGGUUCAACCAAUGGGGGUAAACCGCGGUGCAGGUGGAGCCGGUAGGAGGUACUGAAAAAAGAAAAAAAAAAAAAAAAAUUCCAUCUUGAGUGUUCAAUAGGAAAUUGGAGAUUUGGGAGAGAAUUGCUAGUUUAAUUUGAUGCUUUUUUGAUGUGAUACUAAUUGAUUAACAUGUUAUUGGAUUCACAUUUGAUUGGCUUAAAUCAUUCGUUUUUGCUUGA